UUUUCAUCACAGGGGUUUCCAAUGCGCACAGUUCGAGUAGUUUACUCAUUUCACGUCGUCUUCCGUGUACCGUCCAGUGUGUGUGAGCCUGCAGACCUGAGAGGAUCCCGAGACAACACACGCUCUGAUAGAUAGACAACACCUUCACGCGCUCGUUUCUUUUCACGUGCAGAACGACGAUUAAAUGCCACGCUGGAAUAUCGAAUUGUCUUUAGAAUCGCGCUCGCGAGUGUUUUAUGCAAAUGCGUACGUGCGAGUCCAAUCAUACAUUGGCUUGAAUAGCGCGGUCUAAGUUUUAGCCACACCAUCUGAACAUCAACACAACACUGGCCACCUUUGCAAGCUCAGUCGUCUCUAUGGAAACAGAGUACCAUCAGGCGUCGUUGGGAUCUCUGGUUUGUACCCAAGACGGGGAGGCCAUGAGCUGCCAGACCCCGGGCCCUGUUACAUAUCAGCCGGGGACCACCGUAGCGGGAUCGGACUCCUUCCCAUGUCUGCGCCCCCUCACGUUCCCCCAGCAGUCCAUUGAGGAGGCACGUUGCUCUGGUGAGGUCAUCGUUAUGGUCAAGGAUAAAACAGAGAGUGGUGAUGGGAUUUGUUCCCCGAACAAUGCUUUUGCAUCCAAACCAAUUCUCUCCUCUCCUCCUCGCCGGCAUCAUUCUGUUCCUAAUUCACACCAUCCACAUGUGGGCCGCACUCGGAUGGGCAGCCGCUCCAGCUCCAUCGCUUACACGGCGUUCUCCCCGCGGCCCUCAAUCUCACGCCACUCCAGCAUCGCCACCAACCCCCCGAUGGACCGCUCCAAACCCAAAGACUACCUCGUCCUCGCUGUCAUCGCCUGCUUCUGCCCGGUCUGGCCAAUCAACAUUGUGGGAUUUGUUUACUCCAUCAUGUCACGGAACAGUCUGGAGCAGGGGAACGUAGACGGAGCCAGACGCUUGGGUCGCGUGGCGAAACUGCUUUCUGUGGUCUCACUGGUGGGCGGAGCGCUCAUCAUCAUAGCAUGCGCCGUCAAUCUGUCAAUCAAUAUAAAAUCCUGAGAGAGUUGAGCGUGCCAUGGAAUUCAGCUUCGCAUCAGACCACUGACCCGGACGCCACGGCCCAUUUGUUUUGCCCCACCGCUGCUGUGACGGCAAUCACAUCUCAGAGAGCAAUCAAUCAUCAGAUGUCUUUGUUUUCUGAAAGAACCCUUGAUAAUCUGCCCAUACAUGCCAUCCUUCACACAGAUGGCGCAGGAUGCUUUCACUGAAGUCUCACACGGCACUUACUCAGAGGUGUAUGGUGCACUUCAUGGGUAACAGCUCUCACACCUAAACAUGAAACAAUAUGGCUCAACAAUAUGUGUAAAGACUGGAUGUACUACUCACAAGCUGUUGUACAGGAGAAUUGCUGGUAAAGCAGAAGUAUUUUCCUCCUCCAGAAGCAGAAAAUAGGCCAAAUCAAUAUACAGACGUGGGUUUGUCUGAUUAUUCCCUUCCAGUAUAUCCAGUGAGAAUGACGCGCCAAUUGUUCUGAAGAUUUCACUGUGGACGUCCUCGGUCGUGAGCUGGAGUCACAUCAUUAUAUCAAAGACACGCUUGAUUCGAUAUGUUCUGCUUUCAAAACCUCAGAGAACCGUCGAGAAGAUCACCUGUGAGUAAAGAGGGGAGAUAUCUUAGUAACAAGAGUCAAUGUCAUUUUAUACUGUAAAUCAGAACUUUUAAAAAAGUAAGGAAAAAUGUUUGAUUUCUUUUCUGACAUACAUUCGGAGUUUUAAAUCCUGAUACAGUUCAUUUCAUUAUUGUUCAAUAUUUUCACUUUAUCAAAUGACUUGUUUUUUGUCAUUUGACCAAGAAACUUUUGACUGUUCUUGGUCAUGACUUGUAGUCAUGCAUAGACAAAAUGUAGCUAAUAAUGUUUUGGUAAAUCCAAAAUUAGAAUUUGCAACAUCCUCACCCCUUUUGAUAAAGCAAUAUGCAAGCACUCACUGGCAAGAAAGAUUUUCAUCACAUGGUUAAAAGUGUUUCUGGAAGUAAUAAUCUUUAUGAUUUAUGAAACACACUGUAUUUGCUGCAAACCUUUGUAUUGAACUGUGUUGUAGUUUGAUUUACAAACACUGUGUAAUCUGAAAUAUCUGUAGCUAAAUGUAGCCGAAUCACAACUGAACCUUGCAAUAUAAGAGUUGUAUUAACGAACUUUCCUGUAGAUCCAAAAGGGGACAUUUGGCCGGUAAUAGAAGCUUGUGGGGUUCUGGAAGCGUAAAAUGGAGUUGUAUAUAAAAAGGAGUGUAAAGUGGGACAUUGGAUUUGUAACAAUGGUGGUCAAUAUCAUCAUUUUCUGGUUGUGAAUGGAUGUAGCUUGUGAAUUUGACUUCUAUUUAGAUUCAGUGGUAUUGCAUAUGCUAGACUAUAAAAUUUGUGAUGUGUGAAUAAUUAUAUUUACGGUUGGUCCUGUAGGUUAAAUCCAUGUCUUUCUAUCUUUUUUAUAUUUAUUUUUAAUACAGCUUUUUUUCCUAAUAACCUUUUUGCACAUGGGAUUACAGUCUUGUUCGAGUCUGCCCUGUAGAAAGAUAAAGAGCUGGAAUGUAUGAAAUAUUUAGCUUAAACGUUGUGCACUUAUUUUUGCAUGCGCCCUUUCUUUAUCAAAUAUUUUGAUAGUCUUGUAAGCAGCACUAUUUCCCUCUAUGUAUCCUCCUUUGGGAAACAGAAUAAAGGACUGAAAGAUGUGAAA